AUGCCUCAGACCAUACACCUCACAAUUGGCAAAGAUCUCCUCCAGCGAACACAUAUUCUCAACCCCAUGUAUCACGAGUUGGAAGCGGGCAUUGAACUUCAUCGUACUCCCGAAGUCUUCAUCAAACCUCCGAAACAGCCAAGAUCAAGCGACGAUCAAAGCAGAGUGUUACCUGCCGGUAUGAUCCCUUCCAUAGAGAGUGUUCUCGAAAGAGCUAACUCUAACUCACAAACUACAGAAUCAUCCUCAUCCCGAUCGUCUCCAACCUUUCUCGCCGCCGAGCGGAUCAACAUAGUAGCCUCUGAAUAUCUGGCCCGAACAGAAUUAUGGGACAUAUUUCAAGGCAUCUAUCAUACGAAGAACGGUCAAACCAAAUCAUUCCUCGUUCAUGUCACAUCAACCUGCCAAUUCCCUGCUUAUCGUCCAUACAAUCCACCCGAUUUCACAGGCGGAGUAGAAAGAUUUUCAUGUAUGGAGGUUCCAGCGGUAGCUCGUGGAGAAGCUAGGUUCUAUCAAAAAUACCAUUCUGGUCAACUUGAUGGUAUAAUCCCACAUUAUAUAGGAUUAUACAGGGUCUAUCUACCAUAA